UACCACAUGGGGCCCAACAACUCAAAUCCCUCAUCAUCAUGCCCCAUUGAACAGGAUCAACGGUCCGGAUUCAACCAGACGCGCCCUCUUCCCAUACAAAAAUACACACACAAACAGAUAAAACAAAACACCAGCUCUCCCACUCCCACCUCCAUUUCCCAUUUCCCAUUUUUCCUUCUCUGCAGUGGUGAAGAACAGCCAUUCUGGGCUCCACUUCGUUCAGGCCAAAAUAUCACAAAGAAGAUGAUGAUGGUGAUGAGGAGAAGACUGGCAUGUUGCACAAGGGAAAGAGAGCUCAGCCUCGACUUGGAUGAGCAAGAGAGGAUCAUGACCUAUAAUGGACUGGAGAAUUGCAUCCUCAAUGGCCACUCUUAUGAAAAUGAAAGUCAUACUAGCAGAGGAGAUGGAUGUGCAACCGACUCCUUGGAUGAAGAUGACACGAGCUGUUCUUCAAGCAAAGAUGCUUUUGGAUCUUUCUCGUCUAAAUGGUUGACGAUGAACAUGAAGAAGGAUGAACAUGGACUGGAUGAGUGGGAGGUCCCUGAGAGUCCCCAACACUUUUAUGUCAAAGAGAAACCGGGUUAUUCCGUUCGGUUUUCAGAUGUUGAGGUCAUGAAAGAAAGAUUUUCAAAGCUGUUAUUGGGUGAAGAUAUUACUGGAGGAAAAAAGGGUCUAACCUCUGCAUUAGCAUUGUCCAAUGCAAUAACGAACCUUGCAGUGUCAGUUUUUGGGGAGCUGUGGAAAUUGGAGCCGCUAUCUGAAGAAAGAAAGGUCAAAUGGCAACGAGAAAUGGACUGGUUGCUCUCCCCCACCAACUACAUGGUUGAGUUGGUACCUGCAAAGCAAAGCGGCGCCAAUGGCCGAACCUUGGAGAUAAUGACCCCAAAAGCCCGGGCUGACAUCCACAUGAAUCUCCCUGCACUUCAGAAGCUUGACUCUAUGCUUAUUGAGACGCUGGACUCGAUGGUGGACACAGAGUUUUGGUAUGCAGAAGGAGGGAGCCGGGCAGAAGGAAGGACCAGAAGCAUGAGCCAGAGCAAAAGGUGGUGGCUCCCAUCACCCCAAGUACCAACAACCGGGCUCUCAGACCCUGAAAGAAAGAAGCUGCUUCAUCAGGCUAAGGUGGUACAUCAAGUGUUCAAGGCUGCCAGAGCAAUCAACGAAAAUGUGCUGCUGGAAAUGCCUGUGCCAACCCUCAUCAGGGAUGCUCUCGCCAAGUCUGGAAAGGCAAACCUUGGUGAGGAACUAUACCGGGUACUGACUGCAGAAUCAAGCUCUGCUGAGGAGAUGCUGAGUUCCCUCAAUCUGAAAUCUGAGCACAGUGCUCUCGAGGCCAUUAACAGGCUGGAAGCUGCAGUAUUCGCAUGGAAGGAGAGAAUCACAGAGCAAGUCAGCGGUAAAUCUCCUGUUCGAACAUCAUGGUCUUUCAUAAAAGACCCCACGACCGAGCUGGACAAAAUGGAGUUGAUUCUGUUCCGUGCUGAAGCUCUCUUGCAACAGCUCAGGACCCGGUAUCCAAAUCUCCCUCAGUCCUUCCUUGAUGUGGCGAAAAUCCAAUAUGGCAAGGACAUAGGACACUCCAUCCUGGAAGCCUAUUCUCGGGUUCUUGGCAACUUGGCAUCCAGCAUACUCUGCCGAAUGCGUGAUAUUCUGCAGGAAGACGUCUUCAGCAAUCCAAACUCACCCAUUGCAACAACAAGCUGCUUUCCGGGAAUCAAUCUCACUGGAAUGACUGAAACUCCAACGCCUAGUCUGCGCAUAAGACACUCACUGAUUGAUCAGAUGAACAUGGUGGAUGGGCGGUUUCGUGACCCGAAUGCAGGUGCUUCUCCUGACUGUGAAGCGUCAUACAGCGACUCCAGAAGAAGCUCAGUCAUGGCAACGCCUAGCCGGAGCCGGGUAUGGUGCAUUGGUAGGGAGGCUUGUAGCAGUUUGUCUCCCAGAAAUUCACCUUGAUGAAACAGUGUGAUCUUCUAUAGCUCUAUGUAAAUGACACAACUCAACUAUAUAUGCUAAAUGAGAGUUUCAAAAGGAAAAAAAAAACAAAAAAAAAAACAAAUCAUUUUGGUUUUGCCCCCUUCUCACAA